AUGUGGAAGUUGAAGAAUAAAUUAAAAAGAAAGUUCCGGUCCUCGAAGAUCGACUGUAAUAGUAAUCGGGUCGAUUUCGAUACGUUUUCGUUCGAUUCCGAGAGUGCAGCACAACCGGAAUCGGAACAAUCCGAUACAUCGGCGGCGAUAAAUGGCGGUUACCAUGGGCGCGCCCCCGUGGCCCCGCGGAUGGAAGCCACCGGAAGCGGUAGCAGCGAGAAUUCUUCCACGCUUAACUACAACUGUUGCUAUAAUUACAACUUUCACAUCAGCUACAACGUACACCAUCGAUUGCAACAUCAUUUGGCACAUCAUCAUCACCAUCAGCAUUCGCAUCAUAAUGGACAUUCAAAUCACCAUUUUCUGCCCGAAGAUACAGACGGUACUCCUUACGAAAGCACGAGCUGCCUGACGGGUGCCGGAUCGGAGAGUUCUGCGGAACCGACACGUCCCAAACGACACGCCGGUGGCCAACGAAAGGUUCGACCAAUGUCCACCGACAGAUCCAUGCGCCACAGUGCUGGAUCCAGUGCUUCGUCGACGAAAGUUUCCUCCGAACCUGGCGUCGGGACAAAGACGUUCUCCAGUGGGGGUAAAAGUGCCACCCGUUGCCUUUCAACAAGCGAUCUUUCAUCCUACAAAGGAUCUCGUGAUCGACAACGAAGAACUGGCACAGGUGAUGGUGUCGUUAGACCACGUUCGGCAUCCCAGAGGCGCCCUGCACGUGCUACCGGGAGCGAGGGCGGUGAUGGAGCCCCUUCCGGGGAUUAUCUCACCCUCUGUAGAAAACUUCACGCCGUGUCGCUUCAACCGGAAGCGGCUCCAACCGACCUAACGGACCACGAUCGUCGCAUUUUGAACUGCAUGGUGUUGAAGCGAAUCAAAGAACUCGAGCAGCUGGAGGAAGCGGUCCUAGCGCAGCAGUGCUGGGAGCAGGAAAAAGUCUUCCGGAAGUCGCUGCUGGAUCAGCAGGAGCGCAACUAUCGGAAGGCGAUCCGACAGAAGCGCACGAUCGAGAUGAUCGAGGUGCGCAACCGGAAGCAACGGCUCGCCCGGCUCGAGCAGCAGCAAAUCGAGAAAAUUCAGAACGAGAUCAGCGAAAAGGACCUCCGGUCGGCCAGCCUGCUGAAAAACAUCGAGAUCAAGAAGGGUAUCCGCGAGUGCGAGAGGAGAAGCCGCGAGUUGAAGCGCCUCGAGGACGCCACGGUGAACCACGAGGAAAAGGUGCUGGAUCGGGACAUCUGGCGGCAGUCGUUGGUUGAAACGCUCGAGGAGCGAGCCAACCGGGCGGAAGGACUACGCCGCAGGGUCAUGGAUGUGUACCGGCGGCGACUCAAGAUCGACAAUCAGCUCGAGCAGAAGAUGCACGCGCAUAAUCUGCAGCAAACGCUCGAGCAGGAGCGCUACAAACUAUCCCUGCUGAAGGAACGAAUUACGGUGCGUGAAAGCCGGUUCCAGAAGUUUAAGGACAGCAAAAAGAGAAUCUUUGACCAGUUGAAGAAUCGCGCCAAAACGACUGCCGCCCUGCGGGAUAUGGUGAAGCAUUCGAUCGGUCCGGGCAGCACUGCGCCGGGAAGUGCUUCCGGUACUGGGAGGCCCAGUUCGGUCGUGCAACGGUGCGGGUCUUCCGCACGAUCAGUGGCCACUAUCGGGGGCUCGAUCGGUGGCAUGCAGUCUCACCGGUUGCUCGAUGUUGUUCAAAUUAAUUGAAACGGAUGCAGCAUCGAGUG